AUGGCUGCGGAGGUGACGAAGGUGGCGGUUUCGCCGAGGGCGAGACGGGGCGGGUUCGGCAGGUUCAUGCUGUGGACCGCGGUCAACGCGGCGAAGGCUAACGGGGCCUCGGAGGUGCGCCUGCGCGUGGAGAGCACCAACGAGGCGGCGGUUAAGAUGUACGAGCAGCAGGGUUUCGUCGUGGACACGGGGCGGGGCGUGGACGGGGUCUCCUUCGACUUCUACGGACCCACGAGGCACGCGUUGAACAUGGUCGUCAACGUCGAGGGUGAUAACUGGGUCCUGCCCCGCGUGCUGGGACCUUGA